AUGAUCAGCAUCGGCGCCGGGAUCCUGGUGGCCCUGCUGGCGCUGAUAUGCGUCACCAGCUGUCUUUACUUCAAAGUGGCCAAGGCAUUGAAGACUUCGAAACCGCCUUUUUGUUUGGCCUUAAAAAACCACCCGUCCAUGGUCAAUCAGGACAAGAUCACCGCCUCAUCCGUCACCGCCAGCUGCUACCCCAACCUCCAGUUCUGUGAGGAGUGCCCCUUGUUCACCGACUUCGACUCCCUGCCGCCGUGCCUCUGCGACGUGAACGAGGGCCUCUGA